AUGGAGCACGCGACACGGCUGCGGCAAAUUGGAUUACAUGUAGCCAACGUAUUGGGUGAAGUUGGAAAUCAAAUAAAGGAACAUGCUAAGAAAGCUAGUGUCGAUUUAGGCAAUUUGAGUGAAUCCGCAGGUUUUAUUUGUGGCAAAUGCUCAACUGCAGUACAAGAAGGAAGUUGCACACUGUUCGUUAAUAAAAAUGACGAAUUUGUGUAUGGAAAUUACUCCGAUAAUACUGCAGCGGUGCUAGCCAAAAAUGAUAGUCCAAUUUUUUCUAGAUCUAAAUCUACAAAUGAACUUGUUUUAAACGUUGAGAAUGGAGGGGCGGCGAUUUUAGCGUCAACAAAUAAAGGUCCGAUAUCAGAUGCUUUCAAUUUAAUUUCUAUGGAAUGGUAUCGUAAAUUCUCUGCUAAAGAACCUGCUCUGGUUAUAGGCGCAGUAUCGGAACGUUACAUUUUAUCCGCAGAUGAUGUUGGAGCGAUUAUAAUAGCUGAAGCAUGUGUUGAUUUAAACAAUAAGCCUACUAUUUUAAAGGGCGAAAUGGGCCCUUUCGACAUUGAUGUAAUUACUAAGAAGAAAAUUGAAAAUUCUUUAAUCACUGGAGCUGCUCAAUUCCAUGUGGAAGCGGAUGACAGUUUUUAUGUCAAUAAAAAAUCCGAUUUCCACUCACAUGGUAUUUCCAACAUUGCUCCUACAUUCCAAUCGUAUAGGGAGGCUAAAAUCAUUUUGAGGGUCACUACAGAUUCCAUUUCAUCCGAAAAUCUACAUACUAAAGACAUUUGGACUGUGAAUUAUGAAAGUACAUAUCCACUUAUAUCCUUGGAUAUUGUUUCGCCUAAAUUUGAGAUAUGUUUUGAUAAGAAUAGGAAAAUCACUUUUAUUGCCAUGAAUAAACAUGCUAGAGAUGUUAUUGUUUUGACAAUUAGAGCUUUUCACGGAAAAAAGUUGAUGAUCAAUUCUCUGAAUUCAAAUUUGACCGAAGAAAUUAGUGCUCAAGUCGUGCUUGGCAAGUUGAACACGGAUUUGUGCAAAGCAAUUCAGGCUUCGGAGCAAGCUAAAUUAGAUUUAGAGGCGAUUAAAAGGGAAAAAAUUGCGCUGGAAACAGAGAUGAAGGAAACAAUUACGAGUUUUCAGGAGAUGCAGAUGCAUGAGAGAUUGAAUAAAGAUGGAGAUUCCUAUAAGAAAGAUGAUGGUAGUGAUAACGAAAAGCUUAAAAAUAUGCUUGCAGAUGCGUUAGCUGAAAAUAAUCGCCUAGAUAAACUGGCUCAGUCUCAAAAAAUGGAUUUGGAAAAGGCAAUUAAAGAAAUUUGGAAUCUCCAAUCAAAACUCGCAAAACUAGCAAGCUUGUAA